AUGAAAUACAUUGCUUUGCAGCGCACCGUCGGCGAGCAGAAACUGGUUGAGUCAAGAUGGCAUGAGCUAGGAAGCGAGGAACUUGAUUAUCCAGAGUUGAAGAGCAUUUAUUCUCCUGGGAAUCUACUCGAAUAUCUUCUCCACCCAUUAGAGGAUAAUGAUGAUGGAGAUAAUAAAGAUGUUAACGGUGAAGCAUCCAUAUGGGACCAAGCCAGAGUAAGUCUGAGCACGAAAGACAUGUCAGAACUGAGGGAGAUGUUCGCGUCAUGCAAUUACUUGGGAAAUGCAUUACCGCACGACUUCCUUUCGCCGCUGGAGUGCGAACGCUAUGAAAGAGAAGAACUAGGAAAUAUGAUAUUCGAAACCAACGACGUCAUCGCAGCGAGGGAGUUUCUCAAGAGUGGUUGCCCUCAUUCCCUGCGAAGACAUUUCUGGUCGCUCGUUCUUGGCAUCGAAGCUGCAGAGAAAGUUCAAGAGGAGUUUGAAAAGUUAAAAAAGAGAGCUAUAAAAUACGAAUUCUUCAUCGACCAAAUAAUGUUCAAGGACAACUGUAGCACUGUAUGUAAUGAUGAAGAGUACUUCGUCUUCCAAGACAUCGUUUGCGAGAUUAUCGUGGCAUUUAUCCGUGAUACUUAUGUAGCAAAGCGCUGCAAUAACGGCGGCAAGGGUACAAACUCAGCGGCAUCGGUGGCAGCUUGCGCUAUAGUGCCUUUCUAUGGGUUUGCAAUGUACGUGGGUCCGUUGUGUUUCAUGUAUACGGAUGUUCCUGAACUGUACGCCGUAUUUCGGGAGAUGUAUUGCCGAUACUUCCACAAACUCAGCAGCAUCAGCUCGCACCCGCAGAGUAUACUGUCCCUGAUGCUGACCUUCGAACGGCUGCUGCAAUGCAGGGAACCAGAUCUCUUGGCUGCGCUGGCUUCUAAAAACAUAACACUACUGCCUGCGGCCAUAAAGUUGCUGAUGGGCUGUUUUACGGGAUCUCUUCCCGUGGAAGAAGUAUUUGAAGUGUGGGACAGAAUAUUGGCCUACGACUCUCUUCACAUUAUACCAGUUUUAGCAGCCGCGAUAAUCUACUCCACAAGAGAGGCUAUCAUGAAGGUGGAAAAUCAAACUGCUCUCGAGGAUCUAAUUUCUGGCCUGUCCUGUACUGGUGGUCCCGUGGUGCCGAUGUUACUGAAGUUCCUGGACAUCGAGCAUCAAUGA